AAUAACAAAAAGCAUCCCACCCUUUCCUUCCCGCCCCCAUCCUAGAAAUCAGCAAACACCCCGACGACCCCUGAAUAUCCUCGAUCCGCUUGCCGUCUGACAGAUCUUCACGACUCAAGACGCCCGACCACAUACUGUGACCACACAUCGGACAAGUGCACCAAACCUUCGGUUCGAGAAUUUUCCAUACACGACGGUGACUUGUCGGCGUGACAACCGCCCCGGCUUCCUCAGAGGAGAGUUGCUAGCACACGACCACCCACCUACAGGCUCCCUCUCUACGCAAUUUGAGCAACACAUACAAAAAAAAAAAAAAAACCACCACGAUGGCGGCCGUACAAGAACGCUCGCAACAGCGCUCGGCAUCUGGCCCCUCCCAGACCCAGACGGAGACACAGAACCGGACGGGCACGCAUGCGGUCCUCCGCCUAAGAGGCGCGCAUGCGCCAUCGCGGCAGUCGGUACGCUGGGCCGAGGACGUGGUGGACAACGAGGGUCUUGGUCGCAAGAGCUCAAAAGUCUGCUGCAUCUACCACCGCCCAAAGGGGGUCGACGAAUCGAGCGACGAGUCCUCAUCUGACUCAUCCUCCGACUCGUCGGAUUCGGAAGCAGACGACGGUGGGAAACGGAGAAUCCCCUCGGGCGACCACAAGGGCAAGGGGAAGGGCGGGAAGCGAAGCCACGACCACGAUUGCGGCGACCAUGAUCACGACGGCCACAGGCACGGCAGGAAGGACGGCCGCGGCGGCAAGGAGAAGAAGACGAGGCGGCCUAGCCCGAACGCGUACGAGAGAGUGCCGAAGCCGUUCAAACCCAAGGGCGAGGCGGGCGAAGGCAGCAAGGGCCCCGAUACCAAAGCUUGAGUGCGACGGAACGUUGAUUUUUGCAUAGGUUGGCGUUGGGAGAGGACUUGGCUUGAUUAUGAUUACUGGCACAGACUUACAGCCCCCGGAAUGGGCACGGCAUGCGAAGAGUGAAAUCCAAGCGGCAUACACGUAGAGAUGGGCUUACUCUACCGGGGCAACAUGACCUUUUUCUGAAUCUAUGGUGGCAUUGUCUCUUGCGGUGCUGCACUGGCAGGAAAUCGACUGAAUGUUAUUCGGGAUGUGAAAUUAUGUGGUUUCACAACCCCGGUCCUUCUUCGUCAUCGUGAGACUUCAGCCAACAUACUCUUCUCUUGGAGAGUGAUAGCAGCACUCUAUCCCCGCACCGAAUGCGCCGGCGGCGGCCGUGG